GUCUGGGCAUAUAGCGUCGAGCAGUAUAAUAUGUUGUCCAUCGCUCGAGAUGAACAGUAGCCAUCUUCUACAAUCCGAAGCUCCAAAUUGGGUACAGCAACUGAGACAUAUCUGCGAUCUAUUUCAGUCUUCUUUGAAACUCAGAGCCCUGAGUCAUGUUUGCCGUCGCCGCUGGUGCUGCCGCACGUUUGUCCGAUAUAGAGCUCGACCCAAGGGAGCCUCCUCUUGUCAAACCGACGAUUCCAUUUAUUGGCCACAUCAUAGGCCUUAUGUGGUACAGCCACGACUAUCUCGCGAUGAUAUGCGAGCAAAGCGGCUACUCGGUGUGUACGAUCCCGAUGCUCACUCGCAAAGCGUACAUCAUAGGCUCGCCGUCGGCCGUUCAUGCAGCCUUUCGUAAGAAGGAUAUCAGCUUCGCUCCAUUCGCAAAGGAAUUUGUCAGUCGCAUGGAUGUGCUGUCGCCAGGCGCGAAGAAGGCGUAUGCGGAGGGCUUGCACGAAGAGGUGAUUCAGACGUUCAGCAGCACGAUGCAUGGCCGCGUUUUGGAGGAUAUGAAUGCCGUGGCACUGAGUGAGGUUGCUCGGCUCCUGCCCGACGGAGAGGAUGCGGUGCCUGUUGCUGAUACUUGGCACUGGCUGAGGAGCGUGAUGACACUGUCAGCAACAACGGCUCUCUUCGGCCGAGAAAACAAUCCGUUCAACAUUGAUGCGUCUCUUAUCGAUACAUACUGGGGAUUCGAAGCUGGAGACCCUAUCGCCUCCCCAAUCGGCCCCGGAGUAGGCGAAACAACCACCCAGUUGGCCAAUAUUCAGCGCGAGAGGGGCUACACCCCGACUGAACUCGGCGCGACCUUCGUGGUCGUGCUGCAUGGCGCUCUCGUGAACAUGGUUCCUACGAUGUUCUGGACUGCCAUGUACAUCUUCAGCCAACCAACGCUUUUGGGUCGACUGCGCGAGGAGUUACCAUCAGUGAUUACUCGCGAAAGGUCCAGAGAAGAGGGCAAGGACAAAGUCUUGGUCCAUGUCGGCAAAAUCGACGCAACGGGUCCUCUUUUGCUCUCGGUCCUUCGCGAGACGCAGCGCCUCGUUUCACUGGGCACAUUGCGCCGUCGUGCUCUGCAAGACACCCUCAUCCACUGCGAUGGAAACGCGGGCGAAGGUCCCCGGCAAUAUCUGUUCAAGCAAGGAACGGCCAUGUUGCUAUCUAUCAAGUAG